CUGCUGUGUUGCUCGCGCCAUUCCUACAAGCGUGUGCGUCCACCUCCCACUACACUCCCACUGGCCGAGCUUUAGCAGCCACUGUUACAAGCAUAGAUUCCGUUUUUUUCCCCCCACCGUCAGUCUUGUAGAUAUAUCCAGCUAUGAAUAUUGACGGUGCCAGUUCAGUGGUGCUGCAGGCCUUAACCCACGCUACCAGUCAGGACACAGCUGUGCUGAAGCCUGCGGAGGAGCAGCUCCGACAGUGGGAGACCCAGCCAGGCUUCUACUCUGUCCUCCUGAAUAUCUUCAAUAACCACAUGCUGGAUGUGAACGUCAGGUGGCUGGCUGUGCUGUACUUCAAAAAUGGCAUUGACAGAUACUGGAGGAGAGUAGCGCCUCAUGCUUUAUCAGAAGAGGAGAAGACAUCAUUGCGCGCUGGUCUCAUCACAAACUUCAAUGAGCCUAUUAAUCAGAUAGCGACCCAGAUUGCAGUACUGAUAGCCAAGGUGGCCCGUCUGGACUGCCCCAGGCAAUGGCCAGAGCUCAUUCCCAUUCUGCUAGAGUCUGUGAAGGGUCAGGAUGGCCUGCAGCAGCACAGAGCGCUGCUAACCUUCUAUCAUGUCACCAAAACCCUAGCGUCCAAACGUCUGGCGCAGGACAGACGACUUUUCCAGGAUCUGGCGUCAGGCAUCUACAGCUUUGCAUGCUCCCUGUGGAGCCAUCACACCGACUGCUUCCUCCAGCAGAUCUACACCAGAGAUGAGGCUGCUGCGCUCAGCUCACUGGAGAGGACACUCCUCUCCCUUAAAGUGCUUCGCAAGUUGACAGUCCACGGAUUUCAAGAGCCACAACAGAAUAUGGAAGUGAUGGGUUUCCUGAAUGCAGUGUUUGAAAGGCUAAAACAGUUCUUGGAGUGCUGUCGGCAGGUUGGUCCAGAUAGCACAUGUAGAGAAAAGCUGGAGAAGACGAUCAUACUGUACACUAAAGUUUUGCUAGAUUUCCUGGAGUACCAUCCUUGUGCAUUUAUACCCCUAAUCCAGCGUUCCCUUGAAUUUGCCGUCAGCUACGUGUUCACACCUGCAGGGGAGGGAGUCACAUUUGAACGCUUCAUUGUUCAGUGCAUGAACCUCAUCAAGAUGAUUGUAAAGAACGAUGCCUACAAACCUGCCAAGAACAUUGAUGACAGUAAACCAGAGAGUCUGGAGGCUCACAAGAUCAAGACAGCAUUCUUCACACACCCCACGCUGACAGAGAUUGGACGCCGGCUUGUCUCACACUACUUCCUUCUCACCGAGGAAGAGCUGGCAAUGUGGGAAGAGGACCCUGAGAGCUUUGCUGUUGAAGAAACAGGUGGUGACUCUUGGAAAUACAGUCUACGGCCAUGUACUGAAGUGUUGUUCCUGGAUAUCUUUCACAACUACAGCCAGACACUGACACCGGUGCUACUGGAUAUGGUUCAGAAUCUCCAGGGCCCAACCAACGUGGAAGACUCCGUUCAGUUGCUAAUGAAGGAUGCAGUAUACAAUGCAGUGGGACUGGCAGCCUAUGAGCUGUUUGACAACGUGGACUUUGACCAGUGGUUCAAGAAUCAGCUUCUUGGAGAGCUGCAAGUCAGCCAUCACAGGUACAAGUUGAUUCGCCGGCGAGUCAUCUGGCUAAUAGGACAGUGGAUCUCUGUCAAGUUCAAAUCCGACCUUCGACCUUUACUCUACGAGGUCAUCCUGAGCCUCAUGCAGGAUCCUGACUUGGUGGUACGGAUUGAGACAGCUACAACCCUGAAACUAACUGUUGAUGACUUUGAGUUCCGGACAGAGCAAUUCCUCCCAUACCUCGAGUCUAUAUUUGGGCUGCUUUUCCAGUUGUUGCAGCAGGUGACAGAGUGCGACACGAAAAUGCAGGUGCUCCAUGUCAUCUCCUGUGUCAUUGAGAGAGUAAACAUCCAGAUCCGACCAUACGUAGGCUGUCUGGUUCAGUACCUGCCCCUGCUCUGGAAGCAAUCUGAAGAGCACAACAUGCUUCGAUGUGCCAUACUCACUACACUCAUCCACCUGGUACAGGGCCUGGGGGCAGAGAGUAAGAAUCUGUACCCUUUCCUUCUUCCUGUCAUCCAGCUGAGCACCGAUGUUUCCCAGCCGCCUCAUGUGUAUUUGCUGGAGGAUGGACUGGAGCUUUGGUUGGUGACUUUGGAGAACAGUCCAGCCAUCACCCCAGAGCUGCUCAGAAUUUUCCAGAACAUGUCAGCUUUGAUGGAGAUGAGCUCAGAGAACCUACGCACCUGCUUUCAGAUCGUUAAUGCCUACAUAUACUUGUCUGCCACAGAGUUCCUGCAGAACUAUGCAGAAUCAUUGUGUCGAUCCUUUUGUGAUCUGCUGAAAGACAUCACGAAUGAGGGACAGGUCCAAGUGCUCAAGGUGGUAGAGAUAGCUUUAAAGGUUAGCCCCAUACUGGGAGCCCACAUGUUCCAGCCCCUGCUGCCAGCUGUCUUCAGAGGUAUUGUGGAUGGCGAGAGAUAUCCUGUGGUGAUGUCCACCUACCUAGGAAUCAUGGGCCGUGUACUGCUCCAGAACUCCAGUUUCUUCUCCUCCCUGCUCACUCAAAUGGCCUCUGAGUGUAGCCAGAAGAUGGACCAGUUGUUGGGCAAUGUGAUAGAGAUGUGGGUCGACCGCAUGGACAACAUCACUCAGCCUGAGAGGAGGAAGCUGUCAUCGCUGGCUCUGCUUUCCCUCCUACCUUCUGACAACAGUGUGAUCCAGGACAAGUUCUGUGGCAUCAUCAACAUCUGUGUCGAGGCGCUGCAUGAUGUAAUGACCGAAGAUCCCGAAACAGGCACCUUCAAAGACUGCAUGCUGAUGAGCCAUUUUGAGGAGCCCAAGCUGAGUGAUGAUGAGGAGCCACCAACUGAGCAGGACAAGAGGAAGAAACUGUUGGCCCUGGAGGACCCGGUGCACAGCGUUUCUCUCCAGCAGUUUGUCUAUGAUAAGCUGAAGGCACAGCAGGCCCUGAUGGGAGACCAAGGAUUUGGGGUCCUGAUGGAGACCGUGGACACGGAGCUCGUCAGGCAGCUCCAGGAGUUCCUCCAAGGCCUUUGAAUUGCAUCUACAAUCCUUCGCUACCUUACACAAAAAUCUUUGCCCAUUGCUACCCUCUCCCCCAUUUUUGAAAGCGUACUAAAAAGGCUAACAAUCUGCCCGACGUGUGGAGUCCUAAUCCAAACCUUCCCAACCUCUACCCAUGCUAUGCCUUAUCUAUAUUCAGACUUAGCCUUGUCGACUGCCCUUAGCUAACACCCCUCGUCCUUUUCUCUAUUUGAAUUCCUAUACAUCCUUUUUUUAAAUCAAGAUUGGGUCUAUGUGGGUACUUAAAAAUGUGUACUUCACUUCAGUAUCCACAUAAAAACACCACCACACUAGAGCUUCCACUCAAUUCUACUAGUUUCUUCUCUUUCUGUGGUUUUAACUUGAAAUGAGUAGAAAAUUGGACGGAUGGUAUAAAAGUUGAGUGGGCUGAGAAGUAUGAAGGAAAAAUCACCUGCAGGUGCCAGAGCAGGAGCCGCGGACUAUUUUCAAUGGAAAAACAUCCAGAUUGUAGCAGAAAUGUGGAUAAACCGUACCUAAAGGACCUAAAGCAGUGUUUACAGAAUCUAUUCUUAAAAAGAGAAAAAAAGAAAUGUAAUUUUGUAUGUAUGUACAGUAUGGAUGAUAUUCUGCAUGAUGCUAUUUUACUUUUUAGUUUGUUUUUAUUUUGUGUUAAUUUCUCUUCCAUUUUUAAAAAAUAAUAAUUUUGUCAUAACCAGAGGUCAAGAUGAAGUAACUACUGAGAGAACUGGAAAGUGUUUUUCUUUCUUUUUGGGGUUAGAGGGAAUUUUUCUUGACAGUAAAAUGGGUGAUUUUUAAAGGGUUGAUUUGUAAGAGUGCUGAACCACAUUUCUAUGUAUAUAGAUACUGCUGCUAAUUGAUGGUGUGUCGGAGCACUUUAAUAACCAAAAACUGUUUCACAUGUUUUCGUCUUUUUCUCACAUCAUUGGACUUUAACACAGUGGUAGAAGGCCUUGGAGCAGGUCAGCAGGAUUGUGGCAAAUUAGGCUUUAGUUGCAUUAAGACCCACAUCUUGAAUUUUUGCUGUAUUUCAUGUCUCAGUGCUAACUUGUACAAAAUACUGGACUGACUGCAAACACCAUUAUGUAGUGUCUUUACUAUUUAAUUUGAAAGGAUUUGAGGAAUUCUGACCUAAGUGGCUGUUAAGAAGAAAGUCACAUUGUGGAGUCAAAAUACUUUGUUUUGUGAAGCUGCCCUUUUUUCUGAUACGUUGUUAACGACUUUUUAGUGGUAGAGAUGAAGCUUUGAUAUAUUUGAUUGACAGAAGAACCAGUUUUUCAAGGAGGUCUCAGAAGAAUAAUUACUUAGAAGUUUGGUAAACCUAUAUUAUAAAGAAAAAAUUAGAAAUGUGACUGAAUUUUGGCAUGUCGACUCGUUUCAAGCAGAUUCGAAACGUGGUUUAGAAAAAUAUCUAUUGUUUGUUGUAAUUUUGAAAACUCACUGAGAAACAAUUACCCUGGGUCACCCUGCCUGUAUGGUCUGUUCUUCUAAAACUUAUAGAUUAAUAUGGUUUCAUUCUCAUUAGGUUGGUCAACCUCCCUGGGAAGGAGAAAAUCCUGACACUAGCUCCUUUGACACUGUGAUAGAGUUAAGUAGCAGUCAGAAUUACGGCCUUAUGCUGUCAGCCUUACCUAUCCUUGAAACUCGAAAGACCUUUCUUACUAUUAUGUUAAUUUCUUAACUAGUUUAACUUUAGAGGAUUUCUGAACAUGCAUUAUGUUGAUGAUGGUUAUUAUUAAGUUUAGAACACAACACGCAGUAGAGAGAUGUUUUUUUGGUUAUAAAUUUGGUUACGUGUUGAUGGGAAAUAAUCCUUGUUGCUUUUUCCAAAGCCUUCAAUAAAGUGCAGUAAUCAGCCA